GGUGGAAUUGCUGAUUCUUCUUUCUAUUAAUAGCCUUUUAGCACUUACUUCCAAAGCUUCUUUAUCCAUGGUGUCCAAAGCAAUUUAUACACUUAAAUAACUCAACUGCUUAACGGCAUAAACUACCUUCCCAAAGGAGAAACUUUCCAUUUCCAAAAUCCAAAAUCCAAAGUGUCUUUCUUCUUUUUCUUCCUAAAAAUACAAUCUUUUUCCCCUUUUUUUGAUGAUGAAUCAAUUGUAUCCUGUGAAAGAGGAGUACCCGAGGUCAAGUUCUACACCACAGCCUAUGGAGGGGCUUCAUGACAUUGGUCCACCACCAUUCCUUACAAAGACAUAUGAAAUGGUGGAUGAUUCAUCAAUAGAUCAUGUUGUUUCUUGGAACAGAGGAGGUCAAAGCUUUGUGGUCUGGGAUCCUCAUGCUUUCUCCACCACACUACUUCCAAGAUUCUUCAAACAUAACAAUUUCUCUAGUUUUGUCAGACAGCUAAAUACUUAUGGAUUUAGAAAGAUUGAUCCAGAGAGAUGGGAAUUUGCAAACGAGGCAUUUCUAAAGGGAAAUAAGUAUCUUCUAAGGAACAUCAAGAGGCGAAAAACGCCUAAUUCUCAACCUCUGCCUCCUACAGAACAAGCUAUCGGUUCUUGUGUCGAAUUGGAAAGAUUUGGAUUUGAUGGAGAAGUUGAUCGAUUGAAGCGUGAAAAGAAAAUUCUGAUGAUGGAGCUAGUGAAGCUUAGACAGAACCAACAGAAUACUCGAGCUUACCUUCGAUCUUUGGAGCUAAGGUUACAAAGAACAGAGAAGAAGCAACAACAAAUGAUGAAUUUCUUAGCAAGAGCUAUGCAAAAUCCUGAGUUUAUCCAGCAAUUAAUCCAGCAAAAAGGGAAGAGAAAAGAAAUUGAAGAGGAUAUAACUAAAAAAAGGCGACGACCUAUUGAUCAUCAAGGGGUUAGUAGUACAUUACAUGUUGGAGGAUCUAGCCAUCUCAUCAAAUCAGAACCUUUGGAAUUCGGAGAGGCUAAUGGAUUCCAAGUGUCUGAACUUGAAGCACUUGCAUUAGAAAUGCAGGGAUUUGGUAGAGCAAGAAGGGUUCAACAGAUAGAAGGGCUCGAACAAUACACGGAUAAAGAACUCGAUGAGGGGUUUUGGGAAGAGCUAUUUAACGAUGAGGACGUGUCUGGAAAUGAAGACGGUGAAGAGGAAGACGUAAAUGUCUUGGCAGAGAGUGAGUUCUCAAGUGUUCAACGACGAAUGAAGAAAGCAGCUAUAUGGAUCGACCAGCUAAUCGUUGGAUAGAUUCAUGAAGGACUCAAGAGUCAAGUCUGAAAAUCCCUUCUUGGUGUUUCUGCCUUUCUGGUUACUUUUUAUAUUUUUCAGUUAUUGGUUUCCUUUCAGUGCUUAGCUUUUGGUACAUCUCUGCCUCUUAUUAUUGUUUUUCUCUGGGUCCAAAUGCAGGCAUAGGUUAUGCAGAAUUUGAUCAAGUCUAUGGUCUUUGAAGGUUAUUGUAAAUUCUCAUUUUUUGAAUGAUAACCUAUGUUGCUUCCACAAUUUAAAAAUGUCAAAUGGGUGUGUGUUGGAUUCUUCAAAAAUACACUAUUUUUGAAGAAUUCAACGUGGGUGUGGCAUCGAAAGUAAAGAGUCCGUGCAACCUAGGUGAUAACAUAUAUUGAUCUUUAAGUCAUAUUGAAAUGUCCCUGCUUGUGUGGUUUUUAGAUUGUUGUCUUUAUGAUGAAGACAUAGAUUACAAAUACAAAUCCCAGUUACUCCAGAAGCAAGAUUAUACCACAAGUGGCGGUUUGUAAUUACUUUGCUGACAAAGAUUUAAUUUGUUUGCCAUUUUGUGUCCUUGUCUCUAUUUG